CCUCUGCCUCCAGGGUUCAAGUGAUUCUCCUGCCUCAGCCUCCCGAGUAGCUGGGAUUACAGGCGCUCACCACUGCAUCUGGCUAAUUUUCUGUAUUUUUAGUAGAGAUGGGGUUUCACCAUCUUGGCAAGGCUGGUCUCGAACUCCUGACCUCAUGAUCCACCCACCUCAGCCUCCCAAAGUGCUGGGAUUACAGGUGUGAGCCACUGCACCCGACCAGCUAGGGUUUUGAAGGUAUGAAGUUAUAAGAGGGCAUGUUAAAGACAGGAGGGUUGGCCGGGCACGGUGGCUCACACCUGUAAUCCCAGCACUUUGGGAGGCCAAGGUGGGCGGAUCACCUGAGGUCGGGAGUUCGAGACCAGCCUGACCAACAAGGAGAAACCCUGUCUCUACUAAAAAUACAAAACAAAAUUAGCCAGGCGUGGUGGCAGGCGCCUGUAGUCCCAGGUACUGGGGAGGCUGAGGCAGGAGAAUGGCAUGAACCCGGGAGGCGGAGCUUGCAGCAAGCGGAGAUCGCACCACUGCACUCCAGCCAGGGUGACAGAGUGAGACUCCAUCUCAAAACGAAACAAAACAAAAUUAGCCAGGCGUGGUGGCGCAUGCCUGUAAUCCCAGCUAUUUGGGAGGCUGAGGCAGGAGAAUACUUGAACCCGGGAGGCGGAGGUUGCGGUGAGGCAAGAACAUGCCAUUGCACUCCAGCCUGGGCAGUAAGAGCGAAACUCCUUCUCAAAAAAAAAAAAAAAAAAAAAAAAAGACAGGAGGGUCAUAAGGGGAGGGUUGACUGUGUGUCCCUCCAGGUUGUGCAGAGGGGAUUAGAAGUAAGUAGGUUAGAGGGGAGGUGGAGGGAGUGUGCUGGGGUGUGAGCUUUUAUGAUGCUGAAUGGAUCAUGAUAUGCUAAGGAUAGGAUAGCAUUGGGUUGUACACACAGGUGUAGGCAAUCCUGGUGGCUAGUAUGUAAAAGUGAAUGUCCUGACUCCCUUAGAGGGCACCUGCGGAGUGCCCUUGGAGGGACUAGUGCUGGAGAAAUUAAUAGGAGAGGGGACGGGCAUCCAUUAACCUUUUCUUGCCUGCAGCCUGUAGGGUCCAGCGUCAAAGCGAAUCAUGGGGUCCAGGGCUGAGCUGUGCACUCUCUUAGGCGGAUUUUCCUUCCUCCUGCUACUGAUAUCAGGCGAGGGGGCCAAGGGUGGAUCCCUCAGAGAGAGUCAGGGAGUCUGCUCCAAGCAGACACUGGUGGUCCCGCUCCGCUACAACGAGUCCUACAGCCAACCAGUGUACAAGCCCUACCUGACCUUGUGCGCUGGGAGGCGCAUCUGCAGCACUUACAGGACCACGUACCGCGUUAUGUGGCGGGAGGUGAGGCGGGAGGUUCAGCAGACCCAUGCAGUGUGCUGCCAGGGCUGGAAGAAGCGGCACCCGGGGGCGCUCACCUGUGAAGCCAUCUGCGCCAAGCCUUGCCUGAACGGAGGCGUCUGCGUUAGGCCUGACCAGUGCGAGUGCGCCCCCGGCUGGGGAGGGAAGCACUGUCAUGUGGACGUAGAUGAAUGUAGGACCAGCAUCACCCUCUGCUCGCACCGUUGUUUUAAUACGGCAGGCAGCUUCACCUGCGGCUGCCCCCACGACCUAGUGCUAGGCCUGGACGGGCGCACCUGCACAGAGGGGUCCCCAGAGCCCCCAACCAGUGCCAGCAUACUCAGCGUGGCCGUUCGGGAGGCGGAAAAUGAUGAGCGCGCUCUGAAGCAGGAGAUUCGCGAGCUGCGAGGGCGCCUGGAGCGGCUGGAGCAGUGGGCCGGUCAGGCUGGGGCCUGGGUCCGCGCGGUUCUGCCCAUGCCGCCUGAAGAGCUGCAGCCAGAACAGGUGGCUGAGCUGUGGGGCCGGGGUGACCGGAUCGAAUCUCUCAGCGACCAGGUGCUGCUGCUGGAGGAGAGGCUAGGUGCCUGUGAGUCCUCACGCUCCUCCCGCCCUGACUUCUAUUCCCCAACUUUCCCCAAGACCCCUCCCCAUUCAGGCAUUCCCUCUUUUCUCCAAGCUCCUCUCCAACAUUCACUAUCCUCAUGCCUCUCCACUUCACCAUCGUUCUCUUCUGAAAUCCUGUCCCCAGCCCAAUAGUUUCACUUAUUGUUUGGUGAGAGUGGCAGUGUAGUCUACUCCAGGCUGACCACAGCCACUGUGUCUGCCAUGUCAUUAACCAGGCUCCUGUGAGGACAACAGCCUGGGCCUCGGUGUCAAUCAUCGAUAAGAAGCCUCUACAGCACCCCUGCCCCCUAAUUUAUACAGAAACUGGACCCACUAAUCCUCUGGGAUUGGCCGACUGUGAGCUGCAGAUAAGGCUAUCAGCCACCAAAGAGCAAUGAACAAUGGAAACUUCAGAGAGCUGAAGAAAGGGGGAGCCUGUGUUCUUGGCCCACCCCUGGGUCUUCUGGCUGGGGGCAGGUUGCCUGGGCAAGAACCGCUUCUUCAAUUCCUUAACAAAUGCAACCACCAAGCACCCAGAUCUCUCUCUCUCUCUCUUUAUUUUCAGUUUUUUGCUGUUAUCCAGAUAAUUAAUAAAAACCAACCACGCAAAA